UCAAUACUGACUACAGCAAUAAUCAAGAACGACCUUUAUAAGGAAUUUAAGCAAACAUUCUUUUCAUAUUUUCGAAAUUUUUCUUCAUCAUAAGCUUGCAUGAAGCGUACAGUACUAACGAUAUUUCGUUCUAUAGUAUUUAAUUUCCGUCCUAUCUACCUACCGCAAUUUUUGUCCAGCUUAAUCCAUAGGAUCAACACCUCUUCCUGAUGCCUCUGCACGUGUGCGGUUCUACGCCGCCUGAAACUUUCCUCAGUCGCGGGAGUUAAUUCGGGUGGACUCAGCAAUGCGGCAGUAACGGACGUGAUUCUUGUGAUCUGUCGUGAUGGAAUCCUUGCGGAAAGGACCAUCUUUAAGCUGCCGUUAUGCCAUCUAUUCUUACAAUCCUCAGCGGUGCCGUGAAUAUUCUCAAAACGGACUCAAAAGUGAAGAUUCUAUUGAUUUGGAGGAUGUUUCUCCAGCUCCCAGUUGUAGCUUUGGGAUUUUACCAGACGUCAAUAGUGAUGAGGAAGGUGUUGGUAACCGGAUGUGGUGUUUAUCUCUGGUGUGUGGCAAUUUGGAGCCAGAUUUAGAAGUGGAUUUGAGACCCUUUGUUGCCAAACGAAUUGGUCGCGGAUUACUGGGAAUUGGUUCUACCCCUGUUUCUCCCAUGGAUUUCAAACUCCCAUCGGAAUCUGGUCGUGUUGUACCUCUGGCUCAUUCAUUUUGCACAAUGCUUUCUCCUGGACCGAAGAGUAAAGCUGUGAAUAAUGACGACGACUUGAAGCUUAUCAUCUGCCUCUUGUGUAGCUCGCCGCAUUUGUUGAGAGCUUACAAUUUAGAGCUCUUGCAAUUUUGUCAGCGGGUAGCAUCGGAAAUCAAUGCCGAGAGCACGGAAAUUCCGAAGGAGACGAAAGCCAAAAUGGCAUCAUGGGACACCCAAACGCAUUAUAUUAGCAAUUGUCUAUCGUUACUCGGGCAUGAAAAUACGUCUCUUUUACUUCAAGCAAUUCUCGAAAAUCGCAUUCUGGAAAUCAGUUCUGACGACGCUGAUCUGGAAACCAGUUUGCGUCAGCUUUGGGAAACUUUCAACAUAGCCAAAAUUGUUGGUGCCCACGACGAUCAACAAACAACGAAAUUCUCGCUUGUGGUGAAAAGAGAUGACAUUAACAUUUUUGGAUUUGAUCGCUCUGCCUCAAAUUUUGCUGCUGAAUGGGCGCGUGUUCUUCAUCAUCACGUGAGUGAUCAUGUGAAAUUGAAGGAUCACUUCGACGCUUUCAAUGGGAAGAUCGUUCAGAUAUUGAACAACCUCAAACGAAUGGUGAAGGCUGGAGAUGCAUCGUAUCAUGCGUUAUUCCGGUCUUCGCUCUUUCUUCGAUGGACCGGUGCUCCUGUAACUUUUCUGAAACAUGUUAGAGACCAAACAGACGCCGCGGACGCCGAAAUGAUCGAAGUCAUCGAUGUCCUCCGGGAAUUCCUCAUUGAAGAAGGCUUCCGGGAUUAA